ACACUGCCUCCGUGUAUAAAAGGCCUGCCACCUUCGUGUGCACUGUGCAGUGCCAGAACUUCUCGUCACUCACUCUCAGUAGAGCCUUGUUUCUCAAGAAGAAAAUGGCGGAACCUGACGUUGCUGUUCCUAUUCUUGUUCCUGAUCAACCUUGUCUGUAUGAAGUUGACAUCUCUAAGUUGUUCAUAGACGAAAAUCUCAACAGAAGCCUCUGUCUGUCGCUGGCUAAGAUUAGCAACAACAUGCUCAAAGAAGGCCAGUUGAGGUCAAUUUCAACCGAUCCCAGGCAAUGCCUUUACGUGUUAACUGAUCCGAUUCAGUCUUGGGUCAGACUCGAUGACCCUACUCACCCUACUCUAUACUGUGCCGUUCAGGUAUACCUUGAGGGACCAAUUCCUGAUUCUAUUCAAGAAAACGAGAAUGUUGGGGAGUCCAUAGCCCAAACAUUUGCAUAUUUUCCUCGAUUGAAGUCUAAGAACCUUGUGGGUGCUCAAAUUGUGCAUCUGUUUGCAGCAGAGGAUGGAUAUGGCUCGUCAUCAUUGGAUAUGUUGACAAGAUUUUAUGGUGGAACAGCAGCCACAAAUUCCAUAGAAUUGGAUCCACUUAUCAGUCCAAGGAAGAAAUGGAUAAAGUUACAUUAUCUAGGGGCCUACAUCGACUUGACUGUUAAUGCUGUUACUCGCUGGGAAGGAUACAGUUUCUUUUUGUUGUUUGUAAUGAACCUUAAGGGGGAAAUAUAUUCACCUGUGAUGUUUAAACCAUUGAAUGAUUAUGAACUGGAGAUUUCUGGAAAUGACGAGAAUUGCUCUGUCCCUAACCUUGCAGAGAAUUCCAGGAUCAUAUUCGUAAGACAACUGUCUUUACAUUUGCGCACCUUGGAUCAUGAGGUUGCCCUAAGGUUACUUGAAAGCUUUUCUAGAAUGAUCCAUGCCAAGAAACUGCCUCGUGUGAACAAACUGUGGCAAGGAAGAGACCGAGAAAGAGUUGAUGAUUUUAUUAGGUUUCCAGGGAAACUGGAGAAACUUGAACUAGUCACGGACUUAAUGUGCGAUCUCGCUUCGAGUUAUUUUACUGGGAAAUUGCCAAUUGAAUUGAAUUGUCGGAUGAUGAACAAGUCUGUUUGCUCUCUGUGUUGCAAAAUCAGGUUGACCUAUUUCAGGAUGAUAAUGCAAGGUCCAGGCUGAGGAAUGUUUUUGGGAAAGUUACUGACUUGUACAACACUUUAUCACCAGAGGUGGUAGAUGAUCCCCAUGAAAAACAAAAAUCAAAAGCUUUAAGUGGACAGUCUAAUUAGUAGCAAACUUUCUGAAUUCAUGAACUUAGCUGGGUUCUGGUGAUUGGUUGGCGGGUUCCCUGUUUCGUAAAAUGGCACUAGUUCUUCCAUCUGCAAAAAGAAAAAUUUCCCCGAAUGAAGUAUAUAAGCUUUCAUUUUAGUUUACACCUUUAUUUUUCUUUCAAUAUCCAAUACUAGCCAAUGGCUAGUGCAACUCAUCAUCAGUGCACUAAAUCAGUGAAGCAACGGUCUUUAAUUAAAUGACUUGUAGAAAUUAAAUUUGAUUUCUUAAUAUCAAGAGUUGAUUGCAAGUUUCA